AUGCUCAAGAGACUCGCCAGAUCGUUCCUACACAAACUCAAGAUGCCCACCUCGCCUAAACCCACCCCCGCGCCCUCUUCAGCCACCACCGAAAUUUCCGAAGAUGACGCCUCGUCAUUCACGUACGUCACGGAAGGCAAGGCCACCAUCCUCACCCCCCAAAAAGACGAGGUCUUCUACAACCCAAUCCAGCAAUUCAACAGGGACCUAUCCACCAUGUCGAUCCUCGCCUACGACGAAAUGCGCACCGAAGCAGCAGCAACAAAGUCGUCACGCCACAAGAAACGCAAGUUGCCCCAACUCACAAUCUUGGAAUCGCUCGCAGCAUCGGGACUACGUUCAUGUCGAUACGGGUUGGAGAUACCCCGCGUGCACAAGAUCGUCGCUAACGACUUGCUACCCGAGGCAGUCGCGAGCAUCAACCGCAACAUCCAGCAUAACAAGCUUGACUCUGUGGUGGUUGCGAACCAAGGCGACGCUACCCAUUUCAUGAGCUCGACUAAACUGAAAUUCCACAUUAUCGACUUGGACCCUUACGGCACGGCGGCGCCAUUCAUCGACUCGGCGCUUGCGUGUCUUGACGAGGAUGGAAUGUUGCUUGUCACGUGCACCGAUGCUGCGAUAUUGGCGGGUUCCGGUUACCCUGAGAAAUGCUUUGCGUUGUAUGGAGGCAACAAUUUCGGCAAUAGUUAUAUCAACAGCGAGCUGAAUCACGAAGUUGGCAUCCGGUUGAUGUUGCGGAUGAUUGCGCAGGCGGCUGCCAAGUACCGCAAGGCGAUUGAGCCGAUGUUGAGCUUGAGCAUCGAUUAUUAUUUCCGGGUCUGGGUUAAAGUGAAGACUAGCCCCAUCCGCGUGAAGGAUGUAGCGAGUGAGACGAUGUUGACUUUUGGGUGUAAUGGAUGUGGCCAUAAGAUAGUGCAGCCGUUAGGGAUUAAGCGCGAGAACAAAUUUGCUUACCCCAAGUUGCAACCAGUUGGCGGAGAAAGAGGAGGAGGGGGAAGUUCGUGCCAGUAUUGCGGCGGGUCGCACACUAUCGCGGGGCCAAUGUACGCGGGCGAAAUCCAGAACCACGAGUUUAUUGAUUGGAUAUUGAAGAUUAAUGAGAAUGCCAGUGGCGAAACUUACAAGACGCGAGAGAGGAUCAAGGGGAUGUUGACGCUAGCCAAGAGCGAGCUUAUGGGGGUGCCGUUCUUUUUCAAUUUGAACAAUGUCAGCGCCUUGUUUAAAGCGCCGCCGAUUUCGAUAGACGAGUACAGCAAAGCGGUGGGGAACUUGGGGUAUGACGUAAGCUUGACCCAUGCUAAAAAGAACUGCGUCAAGACGGAUGUGCCGUGGAAUGUCAAUCUUGAGAUUUUCAAAAAGUGGAAUAGCAAGCAGAAUGAGACAUAUUUGCAGCAAAUGCGCCAGCGGGCGCACGAUGGCGAAGAGCUAAGUGAUAAGGCAAAGGACAAGGUUGCCAAGUUGGAAAAAGACAUCUACUAUAGUCCGAAUUUGAAUGAGAAGUCUCCUGGCGCUGAAAUAUUGAGAAGGGAUCUCAUAGGCGGGGACGACGUGGAUAAGAACAAAGACAAGGGCAUUGAAAUUGACUUUGACACCGAGAACCGAGUCAGUAGCAAAAUUGCAAAGUUGAGGAAAGUCAAGAUGGUGAGAUAUCAAGAGAAUCCAACAAAGAACUGGGGGCCCAUGUCGCGACCAAAGUGA